CCCAUCCAACCACUCUGCGUCUUCUCUUCGUUCUUCAGUCGAGUUGUUAUCCGCCCCCCAUGGACUAGUACCUUCUUUCUUAUCGUCGUUGUAUUCGUCGUCAUCUAUUCUCUUCGGCAUUGUCUCCCUUAUCGUCCAUCGAACAUGCCCGUCUCCCUCAACGCCCGUCCCAUCUUCCUCACCGUUGUCUUCCUCGUCAGCAUCAUCUGGUGGCUCGCCCAACAGCCGCUCUUCGACCACUCUCCCGCCCACCGCAUCUCAAACAUCGAUCUCACCCUCACCCACUCUCUCCCACGCCUAGACUUUGCUGCCCUGGGCGCCAAGAGCCGCGACUACUACGCCUCCGACGCCGCACGCGACCUCUGCGUCGCCCAUGGCUACACUGUCUUCCAGCCCCGCGAUGCCUCCUUCUCCGGCGAGCGCAAGGUAUACGACCUCUUCAUGGUCAACACCGAGCUCGACUUUCUCGAGAUUCGCCUCCGCACGCUUUACGAUUAUGUAGAUUACUUUGUUAUCGUCGAGUCCCCGCGCACCUUCCAGGGCGGGCCAAAGAAACUCACUAUCCGCGAGGCCUGGGACCGCUUCGCGCCUUACCACGAUAAGAUGAUAUACCACGAGUUGCGCUUCCCGGAGGACUUCAAGCCCGCGAGGACAUGGGACUAUGAGGACCUGCAGCGUGAUGCCAUGUUUGUUCAGGUCUUCCCGGGCCUCACUGGCCGCCAGGCCCCCAUCGACGGCGACGUUCUCUUGGUCGCUGAUGUCGACGAGAUCCCUCGCCCCGCGACCCUCCUGGUCCUGCGCACAUGCAACUUCCCCCGCCGUCUAACCCUCUCCUCCAAGUUCUACUACUACUCAUUCCAAUUCCUACACGUCGGUCCGGAGUGGCCGCAUCCCCAGGCAACCUUCUACCAAGGCAUAUCAGGAACCAUCCCGCCCACGAACCUACGCACCGGCGACGCGGGCAUCCCCCUACUGCGCGACCUCGAGAAGGGCAUCUUGAGAAAUGCCGGGUGGCACUGCAGCUCGUGCUUCGCGACCAUGGAGCAGUUCCUCAACAAGAUGGCCAGCUUCUCCCACGCGUGGAUGAACAACAAGUAUUACCAAGACCGCACCCGCAUCGCCGACGCCGUGCGCAAGGGCGUUGACCUCUGGGGCCGUAAGGUGGACGUGUUCGAUCGCAUCGACAACAAUAGGGAUGUUCCGCGGUGUCUACUCGAGGACAAGGAGCGCUUCCGGUACAUGCUGAAUCGAGACGGUGAGACGGCGGGGUUCACGGACUAUCCAUGAUGAGCAUUUAUGACAAGGAGCAUACGGAGUG